AUGGCCGACGACUUCACGUUGGACGAAGACAUCGCUACUUUUGCCAUGGGCGACACCUUGAAUUCUUCGAGCGAUCUCGCUUCUGCCAUGGAGAAACAAACCUUGGAAGAUGCGCAACCGAAUUCCUCGAAGAACGCGAAGCCGAAGAAAAAGAAGAAGAUUGCCGUGAGACCGAUUCCUAUCGAUCUACAGGUGGCUACGAUUCCAAUCAACCAGGAUAACAUUGUGACAUUUGUUGGAAAAUCGGAUUAUUUGAGCAGCUUCUUCAGCGUAUGUUGUUUUAGAUUUUUUAUCGUUGAUUUUUAGGUUUCGGAGACUGAAUUAGAUGUGAAAAGAUAGAAUAUAAGGCGCUUUUAACUUAUAAAUUUUUUAAAAUAAGCUGUAAAGUUUAGCAUGAGUCAAAGUAUUGUUAACAAAAUUGUUUUUAUAAUAUUUCUUCUCAUUUUGCAAGUUGUAUGUAAAACGACAUGAAAAAAAAAGUUUAUAGUUACCGCUAAUUAUAAAGUUAUAGUAGGUUUUCUGAUGAAGUCUCAAGAUGUUUGGGGAUUACAGAAAUUUUUUUGGUUACCAGAGUUAAAAUUAACGUUUAUGAAGUUUAAAUUAGCUUUUUUAAUCUCACUUUUUAAAAAACUUAUAUUUCAGUGCAAAAUCAACAUCGGAGGCAUUUUGUACCCAUCAGUUGAGCAAUACUACCAGGCCACCAAGCUUUACAGUUUGUGUGGACCAAUAGCAGCUGGUCGUCUUCGAGCUUGUCGUUUUCCUCAAGAAGCCAAAGUGAAGGCCAAGCACAUUCUGCAGCAAUUUCGCGUUCCUUACAAAACUGUGGAUAGCUGGAAGAAUACUCAAGGUGUUCAGGUGUUGUUGUACGCCAAUACUCUCAAGUUCCUCCAAAACUUUGGAUUAAUGGAGCAGCUAAUGGAGACAAAAGAGAAGUUGUUGGUCCAAUUGUACGAAAAAGACGAUGUUUAUGCCUGUGGUACAAACUCGGAAGGAUUGAUGGAAUGGGUAAAAGAGAAUGAGGGCAAGGAGUUCAAGGUAAGGAUUUUGAUAAAUGCACUUCGGCAUAAAACGAUUUUAUCAAAGAAUCUUACAAAAUGGACUAAAAAUUUUAAAUUUAUAUCAAAAAUAUUUUUUUUUAAUUUCAGUACCCCGUUGAAUUAAAAGCCGCCACCUUGGACAUGUGCCCACUUGUUGGUAAAGGUCGCAACUUAUCCGGAAUGGUAUUGAUGAGAGUUCGCAACAUUUUCAAGACUUACACCACGGAGCAGCUGAAGGACAGGCGCUGCCAGGAAGCCAUCCUCGCCAAGGUUAUUAAUUAG